AAUGGAAGAGAUGGAACGAUGACGUGGAUCGAAGCAGAAGAUCCGAGUCAAAGCCUCGUCACUCAUCCAGUGAGCAUUAUACCAGUGGAUAAUCAUAAACGAUCACACCAACGCCACUUCUCUCUCAUUGAUUUCGAUCUUCCCAAAUGAUUCGCUCCGCCAUCUCCAAGAAGCACAGCCUCCUCUCCUCCAUAACCAAUUCCCCAAUUUUAUCAUCAUCUUCUUCCUUACUAAACCGAAACAAUAGUCAACUCAACAAUGCCUCCGAUCACGUGACCAAUCACUCAUCAUCCGCUUCGUAUCACGUGAGUUCAGGCGGUUACAUGCGUGGAGCCGUCUUUUGGGAACCGAAUAAGCCUCUAACGAUCGAAGAAUUCCACCUGCCUCGCCCCAAAGCCGGUGAAAUUCUCAUCAAAACCAAAGCUUGUGGAGUGUGCCAUUCGGAUCUUCAUGUUAUGAAAGGUGAAAUUCCCUUCCCUUGUCCUUGUGUUUUGGGGCAUGAAAUAACUGGGGAAGUUGUUGAACAUGGGCCCCUCACUGACUCCAAAACCACUCAAAGGUUGCCAGUUGGAUCUCGUGUUGUUGGAUCGUUCAUCAUGCCUUGUGGCAACUGUGUCUACUGUUCUAAGGGCCAUGAUGAUUUAUGUGAAGAUUUUUUUGCUUAUAACCGGGCAAAAGGAACUCUUUAUGAUGGUGAAACUCGGCUUUUCCUAAAAUAUGGUGGAAAACCAGUAUUCAUGUAUAGUAUGGGAGGCAUUGCUGAAUACUGUGUUGUGCCAGCACAUGCGUUAACUGUUUUGCCGGAAUCAUUACCGUACACAGAAUCUGCAAUUUUAGGAUGUGCUGUGUUCACAGCUUAUGGUGCUAUGGCUCAUGCAGCUGAGGUUCGUCCUGGUGACUCUGUGGCUGUGAUUGGAAUUGGUGGAGUUGGCUCAAGUUGUUUGCAGAUAGCAAGAGCAUUUGGGGCCUCUGAUAUUAUUGCUGUGGAUAUCCAUGAUGAAAAACUGCAGAAGGCUAAGACUUUUGGUGCCACUCACACUGUGAAUGCUAUUCAAGAAGAUGCUAUUGAAAAAAUUAGAGAAAUAACUGGAGGACUGGGUGUAGAUGUUGCUGUGGAAGCCUUGGGAAGGCCUCAGACGUUUUUGCAGUGCACGCAGAGUGUCAAAGAUGGAGGGAAAGCUGUAAUGGUUGGACUUACACAAUCAGGUGCUGUUGGGGAGAUAGAUAUAAAUCGUCUUGUUCGUAGAAAGAUAAAGGUGAUCGGUUCCUACGGGGGCAGGGCUAGACAAGACCUUCCCAAAUUGGUUAAACUUGCUGAAACAGGUGUUUUCAAUCUAAAAGAUGCCGUUUCAAGAAAAUACAAAUUCGAGGAGGUUGGCACAGCCUUCGAAGACCUCAACAAGGGAAGCAUUAUCAGUCGCGGUGUAGUCGAGAUAAUGUAGACUAAAAGCACCUCUUCAUUAAUCCAGUACAAGGUAUUUGUUUGAAUAGGUCUUGUGUUCAUGUUUUGUUGGUUAUUUCUUAAAAAAGUAUUUCAGGUAUUCCUCAUCACCAGUGUUCUGGUUUGCCCCUAAUGUGCAGCUUUUCUGAUUAGAUAACAACCAUCUUUAUCUUUGUAAAUCAAUUCUUUUUAAUCUUUUUAUUACUCCCUAUUAAUUUAACUUGCGGCAGAUUGUUUUUGCAACUGAUUUGUGUUGGUGGUAUUUUAGUAUAUUCAGUGCGAUCGUGACUUGAUUUUGUCAA